GUGUAACCUCGCGUGCAAAAUGGUCAAAUGACUAUAGACCACAUUUUUUAUUACACAAAUUUAUUUAGUGGGCUCAACAGUCGAUUAAAUUAUCAUCGAACUAUUUUUGGCUUUUGAAAGCAUGUGAGUUCUCGCGAGAAAUUUCAGAAAAAAUGUCAACAAACCUGUGGUUGUCAAGAUAGUCGUCGCCUAUUCAGUGAUUUAAUUUGGGAAUAAAUGUAAUAACUUAAGAUGCCACACAAGCUAUCGUUCAAAGUGACUCAUGCCUCAGGACAGGACGAAGUUCACCGGGCAUCAGAGCUCAACUUUCACAGCCCACUCACAAAGGGAUGGCAGUCUGCAAGAUACUGCCUGUACCCCCAGGAUAUUGUUAUACAUCUAGAGAAGCGCUCCAGACUUCGGAAAAUCCAGGUCCUAUCACACCAAUGCCUCAUAGCCACCAGAAUUGAGUUCUUUGUGGGUGAUGUGCCAGAUGGGAUGCCGGUGGACCUGGACAAUGCUCGAUACACACGACUAGGGUAUGUCUCCCUCUCAGACAAUGAAAAGACGGGCUUCAAGGCACGAGAGCUCAAGUCAGUCCAGGUUGACGCGGUGGGCGUGUUCCUCAAGCUGAACAUUCACAAGAACCAUAUCAACAAGUACAACAUCUACAACCAGGUCGGCCUUGUAGCUGUCAACGUGAUUGGGGAUCCCAUCAGGAAAGGUCUCGAAGAUAUUGAUGAUAUGGAUCUGUUCACUGAGAGGAGAAAAGUUUUGGACGACCCCAGCAUGGAUGGACUCUAUAACAGGCCGGACUACAUAUCUCCACUGGAUGACCUGGCUUUUGACAUGUACCAGGAUCCCGAGAUAGCUCAGAUUAUACGGAAACUUGAACGCAAAAAACAGGAAGCUGUGCUCCAGGAAAGAUACGAGUAUGCCAAGAAGUUGAAACACACAAUUCAGGAAUUACAAAAGGUUGGAGAAAAAAUAGGCAAGUAUGAAGUAGAGAAGAGACAGGCUGUGGAAAAUGAGGAUUAUGACAAGGCAAAGCUAAAAAAGGCUCAGAUGGAUGAGUACAGAGUGCAGAUAUACAGGGACCUCAAUGUGCCAGACUUGUUGGAGACCACUGGGUCGAGACAUCCAAAGCAUAUAGACCUAGAAUCAACUCGGCAGCCGACACCUCCUCGAUUAUUGGACCUUCCCAGAACUCCACCCAGUCCUCCACCCCGCACUCCAUAUGACGAGAGACCCCUGCCUGCCAUUAAAAGUCAAAGGGCCUAUUCACCCUUAAGCCCGAGAGCCCGAACACCGUAUGACGAGCGGCCAUUACCCAUCCAUAACAGCAGGGAGACCCCUGCACAGGAAAAUACCGAGCAGUCGCCCAGAAUGCCUUACGAUGAACGACCAAUACCCGUCGCCAAGAAAGUAGCUUCUCUAGCCAUAGAGGAGGAGGAAGAUCCAGCACCCCCGGAUACAGCAAGUGGGGGUAUCACAGGCGAGCCUGAACCACUCUCAGAGAAAGAUAUGCGGGAGGCGUCCGCUGCCAUUGAUAUUUUUGGUGAAGCACUUGUUUCCAAAGCAUACUCAAAGACUUGGUCAUAUCGGGAAGAUGCGUUGCUGGCCGUGUACAAACAGAUGCAGGAACUGUCAGCUAGCAACAAACAGGAGGCCCGGGAGAUGUUGAGGGCCUCCAUACCUCUCAUGAAACGGGCAAUAGACGAUAAAGUGUAUGCUGUGUUCAAAGCUGGUUUGAUGCUACUGAAGAUGAUCCUGACAGAGUAUAUACCCAAACACAAGUUACAGAAGUCUGAUACAGUGAUGACAAUGGAGAAGACCCUGCCUAACCUGCUACACAAGAGUGGCGACACUGCUGCAAGAAACCGGGACGAUGCCAAGAAUUUUAUCUACGAGUGUGCCACAAUGCCGGAAGUGAAGCCAACCAUGGUUGUUCCUCACGAGUGCGUUAAACCAUGGAAGGGAAAUCUUGCCCCAAGACUGGCACAGAGCCGGGCAGAAAUUGUAGAGUCGCUGUAUGAACAGCUGGGCAUUAAGGAUUCUAAGAGUGGUUUGACGGUCGAUAAUAUAAUGAACUUCUGUGUGGUAGCGCUGGGGCACACCUCGGCAGAUGUGAGGGUGGUCACUGAAAACAUUGUCAAAGCCCUAUACAAAGAAGUCGGUCAGCCAGUGAAGGAUUAUCUGCCCCCAGAUGACGAGAAGACUCGUAAGAACACCAUGUGGAGGCUGCUGUUUGAAUACUUUGACAAAGUUGACGGGAAACCAAGCAAAAGUGAUGUUAAGCGUCAGAAAGCUGAUGAGGAAGCCAGAAAACAACAAGAGAUUGAUGGACUUCAGAAACAGCUGCAGCAGCUUAAAGAUAUGGCUGCCGGCAAGGCGCCUGUUGAUGAGAGUGCGUUGGAAUCGAAGAAACCUUCAAAGUUUAAGACCAAAUCAAGAAGACCAAUGGUCAAGCCUAAACUUAACAAGACUCUGUCCAAGGCUGACCCUGAUGAUGACACGUCCGUCUACAACAUGGACAAUAUCUGUAUUUUCUGCGGAGAAAAGAACCCCAGCUUUACAGAGGAAGGGCUGGAUCUGCAUUACUGGAAGAACUGCCCCAUGCUGAAAAGAUGUGCCAAUUGUAAACAGGUUGUUGAGAUAGCCAGCUACACUGACCACCUGUUGACCGAGUGUGAGGCCAAGUCAAACUAUGCCAAGUGUAACCGCUGCACGGAGGCCAUCACAAAACCUGAGUAUGAACAACACGUGGCCGAGAAGGCUUGUAAUGCAUCGAAGAACAACAUGAACCAUUGUCCCCUGUGCCACCAGAAUCAUCUGACAGGAGAGGAUGGCUGGAAGAACCACCUGAUGGGGAAAGAUGGGUGUAAACAAAAUCCACGACGACUUCUUGCUCUCAACAAACAGCCUCCCACAGGUAAAGGUGCAGCUGCAGCAUCUCGGGGAAAACCAGUUGGGGUGCGAAACUUGAAAAAGACGCCUCGAUAAACCAUCACCACAUCACAAAUACCUUAGCCGUCCAUUUGCAAAGUGCGAAAAUAUAUAGAUUGUAUAGUCUUUUUAUACAAAGAACUACUAUUAAACAGUGUAGUGAUAAAAUACAUUUUUGUAUUCACAUUUAUUUAAUUUAGUACUAUUUGUGCUAUUUUAGAGCAUAUAAAUAUAUAUUAAUUAUAUAUAUAGAUAUUAAUUUGUUUUCAUUUCAUUGUUUUUAGUUCAGAUCAUGUCUAUUUUGUUGCCUUGUGAUGUUCAUUAAAUUAUAGAUUUGUUAAGCAUUGGAACAAAUAAUAUAUGAUGUACAUUUUAGUUCAGGAUGUAAUAAAAACAGACUAGUUGAAUAGAGUUAACCUUGCCAUGUUAUAUUAAAAUUAAAAUAGAAUGAACUAAUUAUUUUGGAAAUAUUUGAUUUCUUUUGAUGUAUGAAUCAUGGAUUCUGCUGGACCAGUACAGCUUAAAAUGGUGGCAUUUGUACUGAUUGUCUCAAAAUAAACUAGAAAUGUUG